AGGCAAUCUCCCCAGAGGUGGCGGCGCUCGCAAGAGGCCUGUCGGUGGAGCUCCUCCCCUCCGGUCGCUGACUGAUGACGUAUAAGAAGGCCCUGUGGAAGAGCGCCUUCAUUCCGGAGCCCUCAUGGCUUCUUGCGGCGGCGACGAAGCGGUGCUGUUCAGACGCGGGGCCGGGCAGGUACUGGGGUAGGCCGGGCUUUCCGUGGCCCUUCAUGGGGUUUCGCUUUCCCUCCGUGGGGGCCGCUGUCGGCUGAGCGGGCGAGGCGAGGCCGCUCCUCCCGCGUGAGGCGCUGCUCAGGAGGGACUCUGAGCUUCGCAGUUCAGCGGAGCGGAUUCUGAGGAAAAAGGAGCUGCUUUUUUAUUUUUUACUUUGACGAAGGAAUAAUGAUAAAUAAAUAUGAAUAAAAUUGUACACCCCACCACCGAGACCAUUCCAUUGUAACCUCCCAAAACCUCUUGCGAUGGUUUGACCCCUUUCCGUUUUAACAGUAUAAAUUCUACAAACACCUUCCAUAUCUCCUCAAAAUCAUUUCUCCUGCAUGUUCCCCUUCUUAAUGUCACGUUAGAAAGUAACUGCUUAAGUGGGGUGGGCAAGAAGGUCGACUCGCUUCCAAAACGGAAGCAAGCAGUGGUAUAGUAAGGUGAGUGGAUUUAGUGGUCUCAUUGGGGAUAUCUUCUUUAGAUGGCACUGUGGACUAGGCUUCAGUCCACUUACCUGGUCCUGUUGGGUUACUUCUGAGUUAGACGUGUACACCAACUGCAAAUGCCGCAUACCAGCCCUGUUGCAUUGGGGGGUGGGGGGCUCCUGUUCAUUCUGCUGAGCGGGGCCUUGAAUUUCUGCUCCAAAGGCUUGCCCUAGCAACUUCAACAAAAGCAUGAGCUGGAAAGCUGUCCCAGAAUGCAACUAGUUUCACAACUAAGUUCUACGUGCACAAGGGGAUGCUUGCAUUUGCACAUGGCAACCAGUUAUUGUAACCAGGGGAAAGCCUCUUAUGAUGUGGCUUGGCAAUCAGUCAUUCAAAGAUGGUUUAAGGAAAGGAAAGGAACCAUGUGGCAGCUGCCCAUGCCUGAACUACGUAACUUUCUAGAUGCCAGCAGUAAUAUAGUAUAUAGCAUGAGAUAAUCUUGAUAUAUUGAAGAAGCCGCACCUUUAGAUUUGGCUGUAAGUCUCAAAGUAUAUUUUGGGUUUUUUAAAACAAGUUUUAAAUAAAAAGGAAACCUACAAUUCUGUUUUGUCUCUACAGAGUGAUGAUUCUGAUAUAUGGGAUGAUACAGCGCUCAUAAAAGCAUAUGAUAAAGCCGUUGCAUCCUUCAAGGUAAAACAUACUCUAGCAUGACCCACCUGCUAUGCAACAUGUGAACUGCAAAGAUUCAAGCUUGUAUGGUGGCUACCCAUUCUGAUCCUUCACUGUCACCUCAAAGAUAGGUGGAUUGGAAGAAAGGGACAGAAGAAGAUUGUUGCAUUUUUCUUCUCUCAAUAUCCUUGUGGUUUUUAACAGCUGAGAUGGAACAGUUCUUAGUGCAGAAAUGCAGUGACAGGGAAAACUUCACCUGUUCAGUUUGUCACAUAUAUUUUUAAAGCUAAAGGAGCCUGCCAGGAAAAAGCUGGCUGCUCUAAGAAGGACAUUCUGUAUAUGUACUAUUUUAUAUUUUUAACAUUGACUUAGAAGUUAAGUUUUUAUGCUUGAUAUGUUUUGAUUAAUCAAAUUUGGUGCAGUGCAUCAUUAUAUCAAAUGAUCUAGAUGAAAUAUAUGAAUAUUUGAAGUAAUAAUUAUUGUAUUAAUACUAGUAAAAAAAAUUAAAUACCAAUAGCUGUAACAUAGUUUAAGGAGUGAAGGGAAUUGGAAACCUGCAAAAUAAUUAUUUUGUAUCUUCUUUCCAUCAGAAUGCUUUGAAGAAUGGUGACUGUUCAGAGCCUUUGGAUAAAACAGAACAAAACGCUGGGACGAAAAGAAAAAAUAAUAAAAAGAACAAGAGUAGGAAGAAAAGUAAUGCUGGACCACAGAAACAGGUGAUUUUUGGGGGGAAGGGAACCAUGACAGGACAUAGUACUAAGAAUGUUGUUUUUAAAAUCAUGGAAUUAAUAUCCUGUUUCUUCAAACAUAAAUAUAUGCUCCCAUAUACAAAACCUAAAGCUUUAGCCACCUUUUUCUUGUUGCACUUGAAUUUUUACAGGGAAAUAACCUGGUUUUUGCAAUGGCCUGUAUUGUGCCUUUGGUUCAGUUCGGGUAUUCCAGUCCCUAAAAUGGGGAAAUACUUUUUAUAUAUGCAAUAAUAAUGUAUUAUGCUGCUGGAAAGUAUUUUUAGGUAGUGCAUCUACAGAACUAUUUCAAACAGAGGUGAUAAAGGAUGAAGUUUUAAAACAGAUUAAUACAAAGUAAAACGUAGCAUGAUACCCAAAGUUGAGUUUUUAAAGCUAAUGUGGCUAACAAAUACUGAAGGAGAAUGCAGUUUACAAUAUGUUAAUUUUUACAUAGGUGUGUUGAACAGGUAUGUCACAAAUAUGACAUACAUGUAUGCAGGAGGGAAAUCAUACUUGUAUAGUAGAGUGAGGAAUAAAUUCAUAACACCACCAACUUAACUUUUUUCCUUUCAAUGCAGUGGAGAGUUAAUGAUGCGUGCAGUGCAGUUUGGUCUGAAGAUGGCAACGUGUACCAAGCAACUAUUACCUCAAUUAACUGGAAGAAAGGGACUUGUGUAGUUGUCUAUACUGGAUACGGAAAUAAGGAAGAGCAAAAUCUGUCAGAUCUGCUACCACCAACGGAUGCUGAGGGAACAAAUGAGAAAAGUGCUGCUGAGGUGAGGCCAAGUAGAAAAUUUACACUUGACUGAAAUGGGAACAAUUUGUCAUUGCUACACGUCUUUCACAGCUCAGGGAAGUACAGUGUGUGAUGAUUAAAGCUAAAGCACAUGAAAUAUAGGAUUUUACCUUUUUCUGUGGGAGCUGAAUUUAGUCCUGGGCCUCCUGCACAUGAUUUAUUUCAGGGGGGGACAGCCAAGGCACAUGAAACCCUCACAGCAAGUCUUUCUGCCGGUUUGCAUCGAAAUUUCUGAUUGGGAGAUUAAAAUUAUACUGCCUGCUUUUUAUAGAGCUUCUCUAAAGAGCACACAGAAAAAAGUUUGUAGUAAACACACAACACAAAGGUUGGAGAUGAAACAUGCCUGCAAUUUCAGAAUAAAAGGCAGCAUUUCCACCCACACACAUUCCGGUGAUAUCUCCAUAGUUGUUGAGCCCAGUUGUAUAGUAGUAGCUUUGAUCCCAUUUACUCAAGCAACUGCUGUAUAUCCAUCCGUAAGACCACAUGGCAAGCAGCUCAAAUAGUGAGGUAAUACAAAAAUUCUACUGGCUCCCUUUGCAAAAGAUCGAAAGCAUUUUGCUGUGUUUUCACCUUUUUGUGCUGCUUGUGGCAGGCUACUUCUGUUGCAGCCAGGGAGUGGAUGUGAUUGUGCAUAUUUGAAGCAUGUUAAAAUGCUUCAAAGUAACACCCAGUAUUUAUUUAUUUAUUUAUUUAAAUCAAGGCAAAGGAGUAGGACAUAAGCAAUAAUAGUUAAAAGGGCAGGCAUGGAUAAGAAUAUGUCAAAACUUAAGUAGAAAUAGGGAAAGGAUGAAAGUAGAGUUCCAGAAGGACAGGUUCAUAAAACCUUUUAACAGUUUGCAUUUAAGAGGGUGUCUUUUGGAAGGUCACAAAUUCAGAACAGAAGAAAAUAAUGUUGCCUUUUUUGAGUUUCAUUAGCUAUAGCUACGUAUGGCUUGCAAAUACUGGUUGCAAAUUCCUAAUUCCUAUUAUUUUUUUAGAAUGAAAACGAGACUCAGUAUUCAACAGAUGAAAGUGACAUCUCAUUCCGGUCACCUGGAAACAAAUACAAUCGUACCAAAUCAGCACAGUGGAAUUCUCACUUUCCUCCACCACCAGUACCGGGCCUUGGAAGGGUAAGCAUAGAAGCAAAUCUGAAAGACACCCAAUUACCGUAUUUUUCGCUCUAUAACACGCAUCUGACCAUAACACGCACAUAGUUUUUAGAGGAGGAAAACAAGGGGGGAAAUUCUGAAUGAAACAGUGGAUGUAUCAUUUUUGUGCUUCAUGCUGUGGCCACAGACAUGUGAUUUGACGGUGAGUUUGGGGUAGCCCAAUGCAAAAAUCCUGAGGAUCCAUGUGGAUCCGUGCUUUGUCACCACGUUUUAAAUGGGGAGGGAAGGAAAAACACAGAAGGGACAAGGAGCACGAGAAGGGUGUGCGGAAAAGCAGCUGGCUAAGAAUGCAGGGGAGGGGUUUAAUGGGAGGGAGGAAAGGAAGGCAAGAGUCCCCCACCCACCCAAGCCAGCCCCCCCUCCACCUGCAUGUUUUUCGGCUGCCUGCGAGUCCCUAGAGCACGGAGAGGAUGAGGUGGUGGGCUGGAGCCUGCGCGCAGUGUGACUAGGAAAGAAUUAGAAGGAAGGACUCGAUCCUUUCCUUAACCCUCUGCUUGCCAGGAGGGCAGGGGAUUCCCUGCUCUUUGUUGAGUUUGAGCAAACGCAGCAACAGAAACAGAAGCAGGUGGCCAGUAAGACCCUGAGGCAGAAUGCAGGAAAGCAGCAGCUUCCGCCUUCCCUCUGCCCACCCGCCCAAUCUUAUUUUUGCCUGAUUUUUGCCUCUGCGCGGGCGAGUGAGCUCCAGGGACCACACAUUCGCUCAAUAACACGCACAGACAUUUCCCCUUACUUUUUAGGAGAAAAAAUCUGCGUGUUAUAGAGCGAAAAUUACGGUUCUAUAUGGUACUGUUCCAGCUAUUUAGAAGAGUAGUAUCUUUACCUUUACAAGCAGAAUUACAGGUGCCAUUCCAGUCAUGGAUGUUUUUGUGAGAUUUGGGGGUUGCUGUAUCUUGCAUGAUUAAUUUUGCAAGCAUUGGUAUAAUGAAGACCUUUUAUUGUAUUUUAAAUUACUCUCGUGUAGACUGGAAUGAAAUUCAGUGGACCUCCACCCUUUUUAUCAGGCUGGCCUCCACCAUUUCCAUCAGGACCACCGGUGAGUGAUGGGUAAAAUGCGUGACAGUAAAGGGAUACUCUUGUCACAAAAGAGAAAGUUAAUAACCCAGACGCUGAAUGGUACCACCUGAGCUGGGGAUUUAAAUAAUGGAAUGUUCCCCUACAAUUAUAAUUUCCCUAAUUCAAUUAAAUUUGCAUUAAGAAUUGUUCUAAAUGUUUGUAGUGAACAAUUGUUUCUUGUUCAAUGUCUUGAGAAGAAAAGGUAGUUAGUUAUUCCAGUUCAGAAGUCUUUCAUUUAUCUUUUUAGUUGAUACCACCUCCACCACCUUUCAGUCCAGAUUCUCCUGACGACGACGAAGCAUUGGGAAGUAUGUUAAUAGCCUGGUAUAUGAGUGGCUAUCACACUGGUUACUAUCUGGUAAGAAACAUACAUCUUUUUCUGUACUAAAAUGCAAGCAACUUGCCUAAGUCACCAAUUAAGGUGCUAACACUGCUUAAAUAGGUUAAUCUUUCGAUUUGUGGCUGGUCAGCACCUGACAGAUUACAUAAAAUAAAUAUUUCUGUAGCUCAUUAAAGAGACAUGGAACACUGUGGCUGACAGACUUGCACACAUUUAAUCGGGGGACAAUUCUGCUGUGUAUUAUCUUCCGAUUAUAGGGAGUGCCAGCUGGUGUGCCUUCUCUUAACCAAAGACCUACUGAACUGCUAUUAAGAACAUUUAGAUAAUCAGGUUGAGUGUCAUAUGAUUUCCACCCCAGGUAAUUUAGAGAGCGAAAAUAUGAACAGGUCCUCUGUAACAACCCAUUCUGUCUCUUCUAUUGCACAGGGUUUAAAGCAGAGCCGCAUGGAAGCUGCCUUGGGGAGACAUGCCCACUCUAAGUAGCUGUUGUAAGUACUGCAUUUUGUUUUGACUUUAACUUGCAGUGGAGGGCAAGCUGAACUUAGUUUCAUUUUGAAGGCACAAGGUCAGUUUUGGGCUGGUGACAUUUUUUUUUGCUUGUUGGGAGAUGGGGAAAACACACCUUAUGGUGUUUCAUUGGGAGACCACAGAAAAUAGGCUCCUGUAGCUAAAUGAGUCCAGGGUUGCUGCAAGGGGGGGGGGCGGGGGUCAAAUACUAGAAUGUGGCUUGUAUGAGUAUAUUCUCCGUAAAAGAGUGCAUGUGUAUGAGGGAUGGAUGGCUAUCAACAUCAGAUUUUUAAGUUUCCUCUAUUUCUGAUAUAAAGAUCAGCUUCGAUAGAACAUGACCUUAGCAUUGGCAUAACUUCUUCUAAAAUGAAUUUACUAUCCCACAUGGUCUUUUUAAAUCUAGGUUUUAAAAAAAAUUCCCAUGAAGGAGGACAUCCCAACUCUGUAUUGGUCAGCAAAGAAGCUUUCAAUGGUACCAGGAUUACUGACUGGAUAACUCGGAGAGGAAUCUGCCAGCAAUCUUUUCAUCAUCAUUAGCAAGAUUUCUGAAUGGAUAGGCCUGCUUUUUUUGCAAGGUGCCCAUAUCUUGUUAAUCAUCGGGUACCUGUUCUGGACUAAGUGAACUGUUCUUCAAGUGAAUCUGAUUAUUUGGACUUGCUUUGAUUUGUAAAGCAAUCUUUCAAUUUAUAGAAUAUCUUCAUUUCUAACUCUUCAGUGAUGCCAAGCUGACUACACAUUUAAACCUUAAACGAGGUCAGUUUUAUGGGAUCUAACCAUAUUUUGCCGAAACUGAUGUUUGUCCCUUUCUAGCUGUGGAUGGCAGUGGUGAUAACAGAAACUGUGUAGUCACAUGGUUAAUUGUAAAGCAGUCCAAAUCCCAGGACUAGAACAAUUCCUAGGUAAGUUGAGAGAGAGAGAUUACUUAUCAGUUACACCAUUCAACUGGUUUGUAUUAGUGAACAAUAAAAUUAUUUUUUUCCAACUUGUGUUUGUAUAAUAUGUCAGUGGGUGGGUGUUUAUAUUUAGAAAGCUUCUAAGUAAUUUGUAAGUUACCAAACAUCUUUUUACAUUUUGUUGUGGAUAAAGAUUACAUCUCUGAGGAAACUGAACUUGAAUUUUUAGGCAAUGAUGUCUUCAGGUUGUUCAUCACACACCCAUCUAGGUUAAACAUUUUGUUAGCAGGAAAACAUAGCACUAAUUUCAAAACCAGAAUGUAAUAGUAUUGCUAAAUAAAAUACCAUGAGAGAUUAUAUUAUUUCGGAAAUACAACUACCCUUCAUCUCCUUAAUCCUAGCUUCUGAAAGUCUAGGUUACAUAUGGCAGCAACUUCCCUCUCUCUUCUCCCUUGGGUCUUGGGUCUUUCCUUGGGUACCCUGUGCAAGGCCAAAAUUUGCUUCCUUCUGGCUGUUGAACUACAGGUUGUGGCAAGAUGCCGUACUGUCUCCAGUGCUAUUUAACACUUAUGUGAAGCAGCCGGGAGUGGUAAUGAGAUUUGGAGGGAGGUGUCACCAGUACACUGAUGAUAACCAACUCGGUUUCUAUGUAAACUCAGAAUUGGGAAUACUUGAGAAGCUCCUGGACUGGUGUCUAGAUGUAGUGGUGGGCUGGAUGUGAACUAAUAAGCUGAGUCUGAAACCUGGCAAGAUGAGGGCUCUGUGGGAGAAAGUCACAAAGUUGCCUGCUCUAAAUGGGGUUGCACUUUCCCUGUAGGAGCAGGUUCAGUCUCAUGUGGCCUCUGAGAUCCAGCUUUGCCACUGGAGUUGCAGGUUGUUACAAGGAGUAUGGCUAAAGCCACAGGCAUGUCCACUGCAUAUGUGAACCCAACAUAUACCCUGAGAGGAAUGGAAACUUGUGUGGAGUCAGAACAUGAGUUUAUUAAGUAAGCAUGUAUACAUGUAUGCCUAAUAAAGGGCCUGCCACAACAUAAAGUAGAAACGAUUGGUUUAUUAUUGAGAAAUGAAAGAUGAGCAGUACAAGUGCUUUAGAAAACGAUGUUACAACUAUGCAGGCUGCAAAUACAAUUUAAUAUGGUGACCCACCUUAGUUUUGAAGAGUGAAAGAGUCCCUAACUACCCAGAGCUUAGAGAGUGAGAGCAGCAGUUUGCCAGAACCAUACUGAAAAGAAAGGAGGGAGUAUACACCUAAUGAAGCAAGUGGAACACAAAAGUCAGGGAUCUGACAUACCGUAUUUUUCGCUCUAUUAGACGCACCAGACCAUAAGAC